AACCAGACACGUGGUGGGCUCUAAGGAUCAGGAACACGAGACAAACUCAAGGGACCAAGGGACGGACAUCAGCUCCUGCCUCUGUGUGUCCCAGCAUGGGGUGCUUGAAGAAGAAGACCCUGCCUUUCCUCCUCACGUUUGUGUUCAUGUAUGUACACAGGACUCCGUCCCAGGAAGCUGACCCAGCCAGGCAAAGAAAGCCAUUUUUUGAGAGGCUCCGUCGACUAGAAGAACAGUUUCAGAGGUUCCAACAGGUGACCUUAACACACCUGCAGGACAUUGCCAACAACUACAAUGUAUACUACAAUAUGGAUGCCCACUUCCAGAGCCUGGUGGAACAGAGCCAAGCUGUAGCUCUAGCGAUGAAUCAGUCUCAAGCUGCCAUACAAGGAGAUGUAGCCCACCUAAAGACCUGGUAUAGAAAAAGCCAGCGAAGGAGCCGAAAGAUGGAUGCUCGGCUUCAAGCCUUGAACCUCUCCCUGAGCACAAAGAGCAAGCAGUGGGUAGAGAAGGAAAAGGAGCAAAAGGCACAGAGGGAGGUUAUUGCAAGCCUGCCCCUAAGCUUUCAGGCACUACAGGAUGCACUGGCCAGCCUCACACAACAAGUCCAGAGCCAGGAUGCCAGGCUCACUGCCCUUGAGGGCCAGACACAGAGGGCCUCCCCUGGUACUGCAGCCCUGGGGCUGACCACAGCCCCCACCCCCACCCGGCUUGCUCAACAAGGCCCAGGUUCCUUGCAACUGUGGAGGGACAGCCAGGCAUCCAAGUCUUCACCCCAACACAGGAGUUCUCCCCAAGACUUCACUGUCCAUGUCCAGGAGAAUCAGAAGUUCCAAGCCCCAAACAGUCAUCGAGUAGCCCCACCAAGGACCUACCGAGGACCAGGAAACAUUUGUGGCACAGGCCCAGUGCUGAUUUUCCCCAACACCUCUACUGAAAAUGUGAUCUAUCUUAGCCCUGGCAUCCUCAUGCCCCUACGAGCCCUGUCCUUCUGCAGUUGGAUCCGCAUGACCACCAACCACUUGGGCACCCUCCUUUCCUACGCCACCAAAGACAAUGACAACAAGUUAGUACUGCAUGGCCGAGACUCCCUGGUCCCCGGCUCCAUCCACUUUGUGAUUGGGGACCCCGUCUUCAGGGAAUUGUCCCUGCAACCGCUCCUGGAUGGCCAGUGGCACCACAUUUGUAUCAUCUGGACAUCGGUGGAGGGCAAGUACUGGCUCCACAUAGACCGAAGGAUAGUAGCCUCCGGCUCCCGCUUCAGAGAGGGCUACGAAAUCCCUCCCGGAGGAUCGCUUGUUCUGGGCCAGGAACAAGACACUGUGGGGGGCGAGUUUGACAGCUCUGAGGCCUUUGUAGGGAGCAUAUCUGGCUUGGCCAUCUGGAACCGGGCUCUGUUCCCUGGAGAAGUUGCAAACUUGGCCUCUGGGAAAGAGCUCCCAACAGGUGCCAUUGUGAUGCUGACCAACGUCACCUCUGUGGGUGGAUUUGUGCAGAGAGCCAAAUGUACCUGCCUGGAGCAAUGUCCAUAAGGCUGCCACAUGGGGGCUGUCACAGUCAAGGCCAUCAAGAACAAGCCUCCACAUCAACACAUUCCAAAACGCUCCCCCAUCGUCCCUGCUGGGCUAUGUGUGCCUGUGCUCUAAUAAUGUAGGGACCUCCUGCAUGGAGACUCAGAUCACACAGAAAAUGUGCAAUGGGGAAAGAGAGGGGGUCCAAGAGUGCAACUUCCCACUGCUGUGGAAUUCUGCUGUUUGUUUGUUUGUGGUUUUGUUUGUUGUUUUCUGAGACAGAAUUUCAUACUGUGGUCCUUCUCAGCCUAGAACUUACUCUGGCCUCAAACCUGGAGCAAUCUGCUUCCAGGGUGCUGAGAUUCCAGAUGUGAGUCACCACUCUUCCACCCCUUUCUUUCAUUUUCUUUUGACAGAUUCUCACUGUAUCGGCCAGAUUUGCUUAAAUUCAUGAUCCUCCAGCCUCUCGAGUGCUAAGGCACUGGCCUUCACAGUGAUAUUUUUGCAGGCUGCAUCUUCAAAGCCAUUCUCAUUUCGUGGAUAGUAUUCUAUUCUUUGACCCCAGCUGAGUUAGUGGGCAGGAACACUGGGCCUGGGAAGGCUUCUUUCUAAAGUACUUUUGUUGCCAUGAAAUGCUGUCAGACAAACCAGUUCUCAGUGGCCCCUUGAAGUUACAAGAAGUACUUUUACCAUAGUUGUCCCCUCUCCAAAGAUUCACUGAAGUUUUCCUGUGAACAUGGAUGUUCCAACAUCCCUCUCAUGAAGAAGGCUUAACAUUCUGUCCUCUCUCCCCCUUUCCAGGAGCCCUAGAGAUUCCAUGGAGGUCAACUGGCUGUUCUUGUUCUGUUGUCUGUGGGAGCCAUUGAGGCUGCCAGAGCUACAAUUAAAGACACACUUGUAAUGCUUUAAAACUUCAUUUACUGGGCAUUAUUUUCAUAUUAUCAUAUGUUCCCUUUUUAAAAAAGAAAUUAUAGAUCUUAAUAAAAGUUCUGAGCUGUGCAACCAUCACAA